CUCUAGAGAGGGGUAACCCAGAUUUCAAAAAUGAAUUGCUGCCUAUUUCUCUUCAUCUACUCCCUCAUAUCUUCUCUCUCUCCCUCUCUCUCUCUCUCUCUCUCUCUCUCUCUCUCUCUUUUUCGCUGUCUCACUUCAUCCCCUCUUUUUGUCGGUAAAAACAGAGUCAAUCUUGGAAAGUGAAAAUCGCCUCUUUUUCUCACCCCCUCUGUUUGCUCUCUACUGGAUAAAGGAAUAUACGACUGUGCACUCCUCCUCCAUCUUCUAUUUUUCCUGAAAAGCUGCUGUAUCAUCUUUCCCUUCAUUCUUCAUUUCCUCUUUGGGGUUUGAUUCUUUUUUCAGUUUUUUUUUCCUCGUUUGUAGCAACUCCAUUUUUUUCUCUUACUUUUUAAUGAGUCAAGGAUUGAUUGCAUAGUAUAACAAGUCCUGAGAAGAAGUAAGAGGAAGAGAGAGGUGAGGAAGAGAAGAAACCCACCAUCAUAUCAGAUCUCAACCAUACUGUCACAUAUACAGUGUCAUCUCCUGUUGUUUGGUUUGAUACUGUGUGCGUCAUCAUUCAUUUCAGCUUUUCUCGAUGGAUGCAUUCUCUUUUAUUAAUAUUCUCUUCUUCCUUUUAUUCUCCCCCGUUAUAUAUCAUUUUGUAUUUUCUUUCAUUCCUUGUUUUAUUCAUCUUGUAGAUCUGCCCUGCCUCCUGUAAACCAUCUAUCACUCUCUCUCUCUCUCUCUCUCUCUCUCUCUGACCUCUCCCAGGUCGUUACUCUGUGUCUUGUGCUCUCCAACUGGUAGCAUGUCUACCCCUGUCUCUCCGUCUCCAUCUCUCUCUCCCCUGGCCCUGUCCUCCCCAUCUCCCUCCUCCUCCACACUCCCCUCUCCCCUCUCUCCUCCUCCUAGGCUCCCAGUCUUCCAGAGGAAAGGAGCACUUAAACACAAGAGGGUCAUCGAAGUGAAGGACCACCAGUUCACUGCCCGGUUCUUCAAGCAGCCCACUUUCUGCAGCCACUGCACUGACUUCAUCUGGGGAAUUGGAAAGCAAGGAUUCCAAUGUCAAGUCUGCAGUUUUGUGGUGCACAAACGCUGUCAUGAGUUCGUCACUUUCACUUGUCCUGGAGCCAUGACUGCACCUAAAGCAGAGGACCUCAAGAGCAAACACAAGUUUAAAGUACACACAUAUUCCAGUCCCACCUUUUGUGAUCACUGUGGGUCUCUGCUCUACGGCCUCAUUCAUCAAGGCAUGAAAUGUGCCAGUUGUGACAUGAACGUACACAAGCGCUGUGAGAACAGUGUCCCCAGUCUGUGUGGACAAGACCACACUGAGAAAAGAGGACGGAUUCGCCUGACCGUGCGUGGAGAGAAGGAGGACAUAUAUGUUACUGUGCAUGAAGCACAUAACCUGAUCCCCAUGGACCCUAACGGCCUGUCGGACCCUUACGUGAAGCUCAAACUAAUCCCUGAUCCAAAGAGCCAGAGCAAACAGAAAACCAAAACCAUUCGUUCUACACUCAACCCAAUCUGGAAUGAGAGUUUCACCUUUUCAGUUCGUGGGAGGCAGUGGGACAGGCGUUUAUCUGUAGAGGUCUGGGACUGGGAUCGUACCUCACGGAAUGACUUCAUGGGCGCUCUCUCAUUUGGUGUUAGUGAGAUAUUCAGACGCUCUGUCAGUGGCUGGUUCAAGCUACUCAACCAGGAUGAGGGAGAAUAUUAUAACAUCCCUGUACCUGACCCAGACCUGCAGGUGCCAGAUGCUGCAAUCUCGCCCUCUGUUCCUCCUGAUCCUGCUACCGUGACAACGGCUGUUCCUACUGUGGCCCCGCCUGCUCUGAGCCCGACUCCCACUGUACUGCACAUGAGCACAGGACAAAUUGGACUGCAUGACUUUAACUUCCUCAUGGUUCUAGGCAAAGGGAGUUUUGGCAAGGUAUUAUUGGCAGAGGAGAGGGGGAGCGAGCGCCUGUUUGCGGUGAAGGUGUUGAAGAAAGAUGUACUGUUUCAGGAUGAGGACACAGAGAGUGCCAUGGUGGAGAGAAGAGUGCUGGGUCUCACAGGACGACCUCACUUCCUGACCUCUCUGUACCUCGCCUUUCAGACUGAGGAUCGUCUGUAUUAUGUCAUGGAAUAUGUGAAUGGUGGUGAUCUUAUGUUUCACAUCCAAAUCGUGGGAAAGUUUAAAGAACCGCAUGCAGCGUUCUAUGCUGCUGAGAUAGCGGUGGGUCUUUUCUUCCUGCACAACAAUGGCAUCAUAUACAGAGAUCUAAAGCUGGACAAUGUCCUACUGGACAGUGAAGGACACAUCAAGAUAGCAGACUUUGGGAUGUGCAGGGAAGGCAUGAUGGAGGGGGAGACCACCCGCACCUUCUGUGGCACACCUGAUUAUAUUGCACCUGAGAUUGUGGCGUAUCAGCCGUAUGGUAAAGCGGUAGACUGGUGGUCAUAUGGAGUUCUCCUCUACGAGAUGCUGGCUGGGCAGCCUCCUUUUGAUGGGAUUGAUGAGGAGGAGCUGUUUCAGUCCAUCAUGGAACAGAGCGUUUCAUAUCCAAAGAGUCUCUCUCGGGAGGCUGUGGCCAUCUGUAAAGGGCUCCUGACUAAGAACCCUGUUAAGCGCUUAGGUGGAGGAGAGGAUGCUGAGAGAGAAAUACGGGAGCAUCCUUUCUUCCGCUGGAUAGACUGGGACAGGCUGGAGAGAUUAGAGAUACAGCCUCCCUUCAAACCCAGAAGUGGAGGAAGAAAAGGAGAGAAUUUCGAUAAGUUUUUCACAUCUGCCCCCUCUGCCCUCACACCCUCUGACCCGGAUGUACUGGCGGCCAUCAGUCAAGAGGAAUUCCAGGGCUUCUCCUACAUCAACCCGGAAUUUCCCACCUCUCCCCUCACAGCUGUCUGAAAAAACCCAAAUCAAUCAGCAGCAACCAUCUUUGAUUCUAGAAUCUCAACUACAGUGACCAAAAACACCAUUUUGUAAUUUGGCUUUAGCUGGCUUACAAUAGAGGUUAUUCUCAGUUAGACCAGCCAUCACAGUCUGAAAAACUACUGCACUGAUAUGAAUGUGUCCAUUCUUAACAGUACAAACACAAGCAUUACAAACACUAAGGAACAAAGCAUUAUUAUUAUUAUUAUUAUUAUUAUUAUUAUUAUUUAUCCAGUCCACUCCAGAAGUAGCAGUCUUAACUAGUUAGGGAUUAUCUCAUUGGACCAUAGGAUUUUAUUGGGUAUCCUAUUGGAUGCUAGUAAUUGCCAUUCCAUAGGAACCAGCACAAACACAAUAUACCCCAUGUUUUGAAGUUCAAUUUAAGCUGAUUAUUAUUGUGAAUUAUUAUGAAUUUUAAGUAAUGCAAAUCAACAAAUGUGGUUCUGCUUGUAUUUGCAUGAGAUUCUGUUUGUUGUAGUUUGGUUUAGUUAACCAAAUAUGUGCAGACAGGAGAACAAACACUGGUAAUCCUUUUAACACCUGGCAACUGGUAUGCAGUAGAAACUCGGCAUAUGAUUUAGGAGUAACAUGAGCACUAGAUACAAAAAACAUCAUUAUUGCUGUAGAAUAUAAUCAUGUUUGUGACAUGAAUGUUAGAUUAUAAUUCUCUGUAGAUGCAUCAGAAUUCAGUCCAAAUAUGACAAUAAUACUUUGCAACAUGUUAGUAUUUAAAAAUAUGAGUGUUUGGACUGAGUGUUCCCUGAUUAUUAAAACAAAUGACUGUAUUAAAUAUGCAAAUUUAGAUAUCUAUGACUUAUUUCAUAUAUUUAUAUGCAUAUCUUUAAGUAUGUGCUGUGUAUUAUAAAGUAUAUGUUUUAAUGUUCAUUCAUAAUUACAUAAAAAACAGACAAUAGAAAUUGUCUAUGACCCUGUUAAAACAUGUCAUUUUUUCAUCAGCAUAAAAUAAAAAUGUCAUCAUAAUAUUUUAUAACCUCCGA